AUGGCUGUGUAUUCUACUGCCUCACUGAUGCUGCUGCUUCUGCUUGUAUUUCUGAAUGUGACUUCUGGAUGUGGAGGUGGACAUGGUCAAGGCAGUGGCAACAACGGUGGACACGGUCAAGGCAGUGGACACGGUCAAGUAUGUGGCACUACCACCGCAGCGCCGGUCUCCUCCCAAACUCCCAUCCAUAUUGUGGUGACAAACUCUGUGACCAGCGGACCAAGCAAAACUUACAGCACCUUCGUAUCCUUCAGAGGCAUCCUCAUCGGAGGCAUGAGGAGGCUCCAGGAGGCCGACAACACGUUUACAUUUACCUACACUGAAGACCCAAACUACGGACCCUUCCUGCAGAGUGUGAAUGGACUCCAUGGAAACUUCUCUCAGGAAACCUACUGGAUGCUGCAGGUCAAACUGGCAAAUGGAACCACCAUAACUCCUAAUGUCGGUAUUGGGUGCUACAUCCCGAAUGCAAACGAUGAGAUCAUCUUUAAAUACACCAGCUACGCUUCACACCCAUAG